AUGGCUUCAGAAGGAACUUCAACCAAUCCUGACAAUCUUCAAAAGAAUUAUGUUGAAGAGAAGGAAAAGACUGCUAAUCUUAAAAGAAAAAAUAUUUUACUUGAAAAUGAUUUGAAGAAAAUUCGAAAGACAGCAGACUCUGGCCAACAAAAUAAUGAAAUUGAAGAAAUUAAACGAAAAUAUCAACAAUUAAUAGAAGAAAGUAAUAAAAAAGAUGAGAAGAUUCUUUCUUUGGAGCAACAAAAGGCAAAGAAAAAGAAUAAGAGAGGAAAAAAAAAGUUUAAGCCUGGACGUCUCCAAAGAGAGAUGAUAAAGAAGGAAAAAGCAGCAGCAACUACAACAAGCGCGGAUGCUUCUUUGGACGAAGUUAAACAAUCUUUUGUCGAAAAAGCAAGUGACAGUUCUGAUGAUUCUGGUGAUGAAUUUGUUCAAAGUUCAAGCAAUAUGACCAAAGCUGUGGAUAAUAAUUUGAAUUAUGUGAAAUUUAUCCAAAUUAAAAAUGAAUGGAAAAAAGAAGAUGUCAAUACAUCUUGUGUUGAUUUGGAUUUUACUUUGGGAAAUGGCUAUGGAAAUGUAAUUGGCCGCGAAAAUAUUAAAUAUACAAAUAGUUUGGAUUGGAAAAAUGGCUAUGACAAAUUCGUUAAUGCUUCUGCAAAAAAUUUAUUCAAAAAACUACAAAAUUCUUUCUAUUCUCUUUAUUAUUUUGAAGUUAAAUGUAUUUUUGAAAAAGAAGAAAAUUUUAUGGGAAUUGAUCUUAGAAAUUUAAAUACAAGACAAAACAUCCUGUUUAUUGCAAGUGUUGGUACAAUAAAUGAAAGCGAGAAAAAUGAAGAAUUUGAACUUGAGAAUAAUUCUUAUAAUAAUAAUGAUGUUUUUGGUUGUGGAUUGGUAUAUCCUCCAAUCAAUAAAUUAAAUGAAGAAUUUCCUUAUAUUUUUUAUACACAAAAUGGAAAACAAAUUGGUAAAGGUAUAUUAUUAAAGAACAAUUCUGACUUAUAUGAACCUUCUGUUUCUCUAAAAUGCUGUUCAAUCAAAGCAAAUUUUGGAAAUAAUUUGGAGACUAAGCCGUUUAAAUAUGAUAUUUUGAAGCAUGAUGUUCUUAAAGAAUUUUAUUAA